ACGGGAGGCUGUUCCUUCCUCCUGACGUCACGCCCCUCCUGGUUGUCGAGUGCACUUGUUCUUCUUCCUCCUCCCGACAAACUCCACUUUACAUCUGCCUCUCCUUCCCCACGGAAACUAGCGAACACGAACUUCUUCACGGGGGCUCGCUUUACUCUCCAUUUCCUUCCAAGGUAGCGAGUGUGUGGCAAAGCCUAUAAGGAAGCACCUGAUGGCACCUCUGGCUGCCUCCGUGGUGCAGGCAUGACUGUCACCCCACAAAAGACAAAACUGGGUUAUCCUCUUACAAAGACUCAAGUCUCAGAGCCGUUUCAACACAGAUGGAUGAGGUGGAAGGCUUGCGGUUGAAACACUCCGCUGAGGAUGCCAUUUCUUUGGCUUCCUCCCUGACUGAGUCCAUCAACCUAGAAGAUGGCCAUUACUCCAUGCUACGAGCUGAGCUGGAGAGCGACAGCAAGAACCUGGAGGCGGAGUCAUGGAGCGUGGCUACCAACCCGGACUACCAAAGGACUCUGCAGAGAGAUGCUGUUAAAAGACAGGAUGUCAUCUAUGAGCUUAUCCAGACAGAGAUGCACCACGUGCGCACUUUAAAGAUCCUUCGAUACGUCUAUAUGCACGAGUUGAGGCAGUCUCUGCUCUUGGACGAGGGCAAAAUGGAUAUGCUCUUCCAGGGUGUGGACGCCCUGCUCACCCUGCACCAGCACUUCCUCAGCUGCCUUAAACUACGUCAAAGCUGCAGUCAGGAGGAGGAAAGUCCAAAUGGCUACCAGAUCAUGGAGCUGGGAGAUAUACUCAUCUCUCAGUUUUCAGACGCAUUUGGUGAAAAAAUGAAGGUUGGGUACAGUGUUUUCUGUGGCCGUCAAAGUGAAGCCAUCAGUCUGUACAAAGAGCAGAUGCAGAACAACAAGAAGCUGCAGAGCCUCAUGAAGAAAAUUGGUCAGCUGGCCCUGGUAAGAAGGUUGGGGAUCCCUGAAUGUUUUCUGCUAGUGACUCAGCGCAUCACAAAGUAUCCUGUCCUGGUGGAGCGGAUCAUACAGAACACAGACGCCGACACAAACGAGUACCAGUCUCUGCUCCAAGCCUUGGCGUCCAUAAAAGACACAAUCUCCCAAGUGAACGACUGCGUCCGGGAAUACGAGAAGGCUGCCCGCCUGAGAGAGAUCCACGUGCGUUUGGAGCCCAAAUCCGUGGGCCGGUUGAAGGACGGUCAAGUGUUCCGCCGAGAGGAUCUGAUCCCCAGCAACAGAAUGCUGCUGCAUGAAGGCCCGGUCACCUGGAAGUCUUCUGGCAGACAGAAAGACGUCCACGCCGUGCUGCUGUCAGAUGUGCUCCUCCUGCUUCAAGACAAAGAUCAGAAGUUUGUCUUUGCUGCGGUGGAUAACAAACCGCCAGUGGUCUCCCUUCAAAACCUGAUAUUGAGGGAGGUCGCCCAUGCAGACAAAGCAAUGUUCCUCAUCUGUGCGUGCACCUCCGAGAUGUACGAGCUCCACGCUGGCUCCCGAGAGGAGCGCAUCAGCUGGAUGGCAUUCAUACGGAAUGCCAUUAACCAGUAUUCCGAGGAGGACGAAGUCCACCAGGAGCUUAUUACCAGACUCCAAGAAUAUCAAGAUUGUUUGAAGGAGAGAGAUGACCAGAUCAAGCAAUGCCUGACGGAGAAGCUGCACAUCUACACAGUCCUGUACAAGGACCUGACCGGCCUUGAUAGCCCCUCGAAAAGCCUUCUGCUGCGAGGAGACCCCGCUGACCUCCAGCGGGGGGAAACACUGCUCCAAGGAGCUAUCGAUGAAGUGGAAAACCUUCAAAACCUGCUCCUCUCCAAAAUGAAAGACUCAAGCAACCAGCAUGGUAACAAUGAUAAUAAACAGGGGAGGAGAGCUGAGGCUUGGAGGGGCGCUGACAGUUACCUGUCCACAAGCUCAAUGAAAACUCAUAUGUGCUCAGAUGGAGAUGAGGCCGAGGGCCCCAGUGGGAACGAAAUGGUGCCGCCAUACUGCACCCACCUGCCGAACGAUGCUCAGCGGAAGGAGCUGCACUACUGUGAGAGCCCACCAAAGAAGGCUGACACUGAUCAAAUAUUGAAGCCCAUGUCCACUUCACCUACUGGCGACCUUCAGACAGAGGUGUGUGACCGGGUAAUACUGCUUGCACAGAGGCUGUAUACAUUACAAGCCUUCGUGGCUCAGCAGGACAGUCUGAUCAAGCUGCAGCACGUCCAGCAGUCCAAGAGCAGACCGUCCCGCCCAUCCAGCAGUACGCUGCUGGAGCAGGAGAAGCAGCGCAACCUGGAAAAGCACAAGGAGGAGCUGGCCAGCCUCCACAAGCUGCAGGCACAGCAAAGAGAAGCGCAGCAGCGCUGGGAGAAGGAGCGGGAGCGCCACAGGGUCUGCAUGGAGACCCUGGAGGCUGACCUGAAGCAGAGGGAGGACGAGUGCAGAAAACACGAGGAGAAGGUUAACGAGGAAAAGGCUGAGCUGGAGAGGCAGAGGGAGAGCUACCAGCAGGAUCUGGAGCGACUCAGGGAGUCUAACAAGGCUGUGGAAAAAGACAAGGAGCGCCUGAGCCAGGAGAAGGAACGUUUGGAGGAGAAGUUAAAGAAGUACACAAUGAGCACCGGACACGCCAACUACGAUGACCCUAACAUCAACCUUUUCAGCUACCAGUCCUUCAGGGGAAACAUUGCCAACGGAGGAGGAGGAAGUUUAAGGCCGCACGUCCCGCUCGCCACUGCCAGCGACCGCAACGAGACUCCUCCCAAGGUCCCGCCGCGCAAGGAGAGCAUCAGUCUUCAGCCAGUGAAGCCUGAGAUGCCCAUCCACCUAAUUAGCACCACCAACCAGGUGCACAAAGCCAGCGGCGUGGUGCAGCAGAUCCCCACCAAGCUGGCCAAUCUUUCCAAGAGCAAGGAGAAGGUCUUCAGGAUGAAGCCGUCGCAUCAGAGAGCCCACAGUGCAGCCUCCAUAGACGUGAGCCAGGUGUUGCCCAUCCGAGUGACGGGGAAAGAAGGAGGGAGUCUGCGAGGUUCUCACAGUCAGUCUGUCUGCCAGUCAGAUGAUGUGAAGUCGGCAGGACACAGACGCAGAAUGAAAACAUCGCAGUCCUUCAGCGUGCCCCUCAGGAGCAGCGUGGAGCUGCCGCCCCCACCUCCACCUCCUUUCCCCAAAGAAGUGCUGCAAGUGAAAGCCAAAGACAAGGUCAUAUUCCUUUAGUUUGCCUCUUACAGCCUGGACUUCUAGUAAGACUGUGUCAACUAUCAGGUACUGUACACACACUUUUAUCAAAAUAAUUUAUGGCUGCGGUCGUCACAAAAAAAAACAAGGACUUAUUUUGCACAGUGGAGAAAACUAUUUUUGAAUGUUUCUAAAGCUUUUUAAAUAUUUGAUGUUCUUACAUUGCCAAAGACUUUUUAAAAGAGUAUUUUUUAUUGUAAAUGGAAGCAACAUUUUAUGACCAGGUCUUUACUUUCUUUUUAAUUUAAAGAGUCAUGAAACUACUGUGUUGAACAAGCACUGCAUUGGAGUUCAUUUAAAAAAAAAACAACAACAGAUGCUAUAGUGACAUUUUCACCCCAAAAAUACCAAGUAGUUAAUGUAAUUAAAAAAUAUAUU